UUUAAUAUAACGUUGUCCAAAAUUUUGAUUUUCAUAAAAAAAUUAGAAUCUUUUAAAAUACCUUGUUUCAGGGAAAAUGUCAUUGAAAAUGCCAAAAGCACCUGGUCCGAUGCUCUUUAAAGAGGGCUAUCGUGUACAGCAAGGUGUAGAUAAUGCAGUUGUACGAAAUAUCCAUGCAAUCUCUGAGCUUUCAGAUAUUUUAAGGACUUCCUAUGGUCCUAAUGGACGCAAUAAAGUUAUUGUAAACCAUUUACAGAAAAUGAUGGUAACAUCAGAUGCUGCAAUAAUUCUUCAGGAACUUGAUGUAGUUCAUCCAGCAGCUAAAAUUAUUGUUAUGGCUAGUAAACAGCAAGAUACAGAAAUGGGUGAUGCAACAAAUUUUGUUCUAAUACUUGCUGGAGAGCUUUUAAAAAAUGCAGAAGAAUUAAUUAGAAUGGGGCUUCAUCCUUCUGAAAUUUCUCAAGGAUAUGAAAUGGCACAGAAUUAUGCAUUGAAAACGUUAGAAAAUUUCUCAGUAGAUAAAGUAAAAGAUAUUUUUUCAGUUGAUGAAUUGUAUAAAGCGAUUAAAUCGUCUAUUGCAGCAAAACAGUUUGGUUAUGAAAAAAUACUUGGAUAUCUUGUGGCGGAAGCUGCAUUAAUAGUGCUUCCUAAAAAUCCUUUAAAUUUUAAUGUGGACAAUAUUCGUGUUGUUAAAAUUUUGGGUGGAAGUUUGAAUGAGUCAGUAGUUAUUAAGGGAAUGGUUUUUUCUAGAGAGCCUGAAGGAACAGUUAGAAAAGUAUGUUCUGCAAAAGUGGGUGUGUUUUCGUGUCCACUAGAUAUUAGUCAGACGGAAACAAAAGGCGUUGUCCUUUUAAAAAAUGCAAAAGAAAUGCUUAGUUUUACGAAAGGAGAGGAAGUUCAGUUAGAAUCUAUGGUUAAAGAGCUUUUUGAUUCUGGAAUUAAGGUUGUUGUCACUGGUGGUGGUGUAGGCGAUCUUGUUUUGCAUUAUUUAAAUAAAUAUAAUUUAUUGGUUAUAAAAGUAUUGAGUAAGUUUGAUCUUCAAAGACUUUGUAGAGUUGUUGGAGCCACUCCUUUAGCAAGAUUGGGAGCACCUAUGCCAGAGGAGAUGGGAUUUGUUGAUGUUGUUGAAACUAUUGAGAUUGGUAGUGAUAAAGUAACUGUAUUUCGUCAAGAAAAUGAAAGUACGAAAACAGCCACUAUAGUACUUAGGGGUGCUACUCAGAAUUAUUUAGAUGAUCUUGAAAGAGCAAUCGAUGAUGGGGUGAAUCUUGUCAAAGCUGUUAUUAAAGAUCCUCGCUUAGUUCCUGGUGCAGGUGCAACUGAAAUGGAGCUGUCGAAGCAGAUAUUUGUCUAUGCAGAUGAUGUUUCCGGAAUUUUUCAAUAUUCAAUAAAAAAAUAUGCAGAAGCAUUUCAAGUAAUUCCAAGAAUUUUAGCGGAAAAUGCUGGACUUGAUUCUACAGAAGUUCUUGGAAGACUUUAUGCUUCUCAUUCUUUAGAAAAUAAUCAAAAUAUAGGUGUGGACAUCGAGGGAAAUAAUGAUGCAAUUAUUGAUGCAAAGGAGGCUUGUAUUUUUGAUGUGUUGUCUGUCAAGCUGUGGGCAUGUAAACUCGCAUCUGAAGCAGCGUUAACAAUUCUUCGUGUUGACCAGAUUAUUAUGUCUAAACCAGCAGGCGGACCCAAGCCUCCAGGUCCCAAUAAGGAUUGGGAUAAUGAAUAG